CAGCUCUCAGGGACACGGCAGGAUGAAGACAGUGGCCGCCCUCCUCCUGGUGGGGAUGCUCAUCCUCUGGGCAGAGCUGCCAACAGGCAGUGCCUGGUCCUGUCCCCCCGUCCGCUUCACCUGCGCCCUGCACAACCCGCGGAACCAGUGCCUCUUGGACCGGCACUGCCCUCGCGGCAAGAAGUGCUGCCGCUCCUUCUGUGGGAAGAAGUGCCUCUCCAGACCAUCUUCCAUCCCCAUCUCCUACGUCUGAGCUCCAGCUUCCAGGAUAGACUGAGGGUCAUCUCAGCAUUCCCAUCCCACCUCAGCUCCAGGAUCACUCUGUGACAGCUGCUGCACAAUGCUCUGUGCCACCCACUUCCCUCUCCCUCUGUUCCCCCACUGCUCUUCUAACAAAUAAAAGAGGCUUUUUCCAGG